GUCGUUGGGCGACCAACGGAGCAAGUGGACGGAGGGGCCGGGCAUCGAGGCGAUGGCGGAACGGAAGAAGCGGAAAGCUCGAAGGGAGGGAUGGAGUCCGUCGGGACUAUAGUACUAAGUCCCGGUGCAGCACGUGUCCGUUGAAUCGGAACAUUCGAGCGAAUGCCGCCCUUUGGCUGCGGUGCCUUUUGCCGUGGCGCUCGGCCGCGCUCAGCGCCAUUCCGCAGAAUCUUGCGCAGCGCUGCUCCGUUGCCUCGAGAGUGGCGGAAUCGCUCGAUCGGCAUUUGUUCUUCGGCGCAAUUCCAUCAGCGGAUCGGCUGGAGCUUUGCGUUCACGAUGAGUUUCUCGGAUUCUUCUGCGUCGAGGUUUCGUGGCCUUGCUCGCCGGUUUGAUCGGGCGGAGCGUUCGUAGUCUUAUGGUUAUUCAGAUUUGGUCGAUCGAGUGAGCCAUCGAUUUUUUCGAGAUGAGUUCUCCGGAUAAGAAUGCGGCUCCUCCGUCGAAGCCCGCGGCGAGCGAAGCUGGAAAGGCCCCAGUUCUCCCGCCGAAAGCGGCGUCGAAGCCGCUGGUUCCCGGAGCGAAAGUGUUCGCAUCUCUCGGUCCGCCGAAUGCCAUAACGUCGACGAGGCAUCUGAGUCUUGAGAAGCCCGAUUCCGUCGAGGCUCCGCAGAACAGAUUUUCCAUCUAUGAUUUGAAAGCUGUGAAGAGAGAGAUUCUCACGGUGUUUGAUGCUGCGGAAAAUGGAGAUAACCGCGCCAUCACUAAAUUCUCGAAAGUGAAGAAUUUUGAUGUCGACGCUAAGGAUCGAUAUGGAAGGACAGCUCUUAUAUGGGCUGCUGACUGUGGACAUCUUCACGCUAUUGAGACGCUGAUCCGCCUUAGUGCGAACAUUCAUGCCACAGACAAUCACACUGGCAGGUCAGCUAUCCACUGGGCAGCCAGAGCGGGCAACCUUCCGAUAGUCAAACUGCUAGUUACAUACGGGGUUGAUUUUUGUAAGGAGGAUCGCUACGGUCUGACGCCUCUUUUUCUGGCUAAGAACAAGGGUAUUGAAGGGGAAGAGGUCUUCAAGUACCUUCUUGGUGAAGGCGCUCCUUAUAAUGAGACCAAGUCAGUUGAUGUGGCUGCGGCAGAGGCAGAGAUCGCCGAAGAGAUGGCAAAGCUUGCUGCAGCACAAGAAGCUGCUCUUGCAGAACAAACUGCUGGAACAAGCUCUUCCUCAUAGUUCCUGAAUUUACAAGCGGCUGUGUUAAUCGUG